CGCAUGUUCCCGUCGCUCCGCGUCAAGGUGUCCGGGAUGGAGGCCGACGAGUACUACUUCGUCGUCCUGGAGAUGCGCCUGGCCGCCAACACCCGAUUCAAGUACAGCAACGGGCACUGGGUGCCCGCCGGCGACGCGGACGUGCAGCCGCAGAGCAAGUCCUGCAUCUUCGUCCACCCGGACUCGCCCGCCAAGGGUAGCGCCUGGAGCGCGAGGGACAUCAACUUCCAGCGGCCCAACCCCCACGGCGCCAAGCUCACGAACAACACGGCUGACACUACCGAUUACAAUAUGAUUCUGACUUCAAUGCACAAGUACGUGCCGGUCAUCCAUGUGGUGCGUGCCAGCGACAGGGCAGCGCUGCCCGCUGCACCCAGGAAGUCCUUCUCCUUCCCCGAAACGGAGUUCGUGGCUGUGACGGCGUACCAGAACGAGGCCAUCACCAAAAUGAAGAUCGACAACAACCCGUUCGCCAAGGGCUUCAGGGAGAAUGGUAUGUCGCAGUGCCGGCGCAAGCAGCAGCACAAGAAGCUGCUGAUGGGGGCCAAGGAGUACCUCGCCCAGGACAGCCCCUCGCCGCCGCCUCAGAUGGCGGGGUACUUGGACGACAGCGGGGUGUCCUCCCUCGGCUCGGAGCCCGCCUCGCCCUCCUGCUCGCUGACUUCCUCGCCACCCCCCACCGACACUGCGCCGACGACCUGCACGGCCACGCCCACGGUGCCCUUCCUGUCCAUCACCAAGAUACUGGAGCCGGACUACCGGCCGUUGCGCAGGGAGUCGCGGUCGUUCGCGCCGUGGUGCGAGGAGGCCAGAGAAGCCCCGCCUGCGGGCCCCUCGCGCCUGGAGGGCUCAUGGCUGGAGAGCCCAAUGCACCCUACCACCCACCUCAUCCACCCCGCCCCCGUCGCCCUCCCCUCCCUCCCCUAUCCGUGGUACGGUCCCUACCACAGCUACCCCUACACCUCGUACCCGUCAGCAUACCUCCCCGCCUUACAACCGGCAUGCAGCCUGCCGCGGGACUCGGCCGUGGGCGCGAUGGACCUGAGCGUGUGCGCCCAGGACCUCAGAAGUAAGGAAUAUAGAGCGUGAAUCUCGGGAUGUGAGUUCAAGAGGCGAGUACCGUUGCAUGGAGGGCACACGGCCCUCUAAGUGUUACACAGUUAAUUAAUUUUGUAUAAUGCAGUGAUAUACAACUCCAUUUUUCAUGGUUGUGUUUUAGAUAUGUAGGACACGCAGUAGUUGUGCUUCAUUGUUCCUGGUUUUGAGUAUUGUAUAUAGAUUUGACUAAAGAAAAAGAUCUAUUUAUAUGUCCUACCAAAGCAGUUUUUGUUCUUGCCAACAAAUUACUAUCAUUGUAUACUUGUAGAAAAUACUAUUUGGCAUUAGUAUGAGAUGAAGAUGUGUUAAGAAAUAACACUUAAGUACAAAGCCCUUAUCUAGUUUCUUUGAAUCAAAAAACUGUAAUUGUUUAGAUUGAUUAAAUAAUGUAAGUGUAUUUUUUUACCAAAUAAUCUAGUGAUCAAUGUGUUACGUAUGUGAUUUGUUUUUAGUUUCCUAGUGAGAAUAUUUUAUUCUAUAUAAAUACCAAUUUAAGAAUGCAGCAAGUGAUAGGAUAAAAAUGUAAAGUGCAUAGGUUGUCAGUGCAAAAUAAAAUUGCUGUCUCAAUUAAUCAAUCUUUUAAUGAAAGAAACACAGUAUUGCUUUAUUUAAAUCCUUCUUUUAUAUAGUAUUUCACUAGGUAGCUCAUUUAAACUGCCUUGUCAGUACUCUAUGAUACCUCACAAAUUUUCAGUAAUUUCAAAUGACGCUUAUUCAAAAUUCUUGGAAAAUCGAGUCGUCUCGGGGAAUGUCCAAUAUAUAUUUUCUCAUUUUUGGAAACGGUCUCUAAAAUCCUAAGAGCAAAUAAUGUUGUGUGUAUUUGAAAUUAAUGACAUAAAUCUCUGCUUACGACCUAAGCGAUAAGUGGCAAAAGUCAUUAUUAGCGAGAAAUGUGUACAUACAAAAAUUGGCUGAAAACACUGGCCAGCGACAGCAGCAGAACAGUCUGAUAUCCAUGGAACAAUCCACCCAGUCCAGUCCAUGCAUGAGUAUACUGAUGUCACAGUGCUCACAGUCCAUAUACUAUAUAUAUGUCACAGUCCAUAUAUAUAUACUAUAUAUAUGUCAGAGUCACGACACGACAAGGGGUAGUGUCGCUCUGUGGGGCUUCUGAAGGAUAAAGUCUCACUUUCCGUGGAGUAUCGCCGUGAUCAGGGGAGCAGUGCGGUGGGGGAGAGUGGGGGGUGGGGGAGCGGACUUCUUAUUCGCAGCCACCACGUCUGCACUAGUCGCACCGCUUCACUGCAUAUAACGUCCGGAGUGCUAUAAGCACUUCACUCGACCACGUUUCUUUCUCACUCCAUUUCCGGACCUUGUGCCUCUUGCGCUUUGGCGUCAGUGUAGAUCGCUAAUCUAAAAG